GGAUACACCGAGGCAUUUCAAGAUGCUAACUAUCCAGUAAAGAAAAAAACUUUUAUUGUCUUCAUGGACCCUCUAGACUUCAAGAAAAAAAGUUGUCCGGACGGCUUAGUCCAUGAUGUUGAUUACUUUAUUCUUACUGGUUUCGUGAACAUCACCAACAUUCCCUAUCCGAUCAGGUUUGGGAGAAUCCUAGUUUGGUAUAUCGAUUAUGAUGGCUGGAUCUGGGUAAGUUUCUUUUUAAAUUUCAUAAUUUCAUUCUUGUGGCCCCCAAAAAAUGAACAUUUUCGGUUCACGUUUGGCAGACGAAUGUCGGACCGAUGUCGUCAUUAUAAAACGGUGAUCAAAGAAACGUGUUACAGGAAUAUCGAUGAUAUUUUACUUCGAUUGGAACUCGUCGGAAUCAUCUUCCUUUAUCUGUUGAUACAAAUUGAAGUCGUGAGAACAUUGAAAAGUAGAAAUAAAAAAAAAAAGCUUCAUCAUUUUUAAAGCAUGGAAACGAAACAAAUACAAUUUCGUUUAUUCUCCAGGUUUUUCCAAGCAAUCAGGCAUUGCGGGAUGCACCUUGCAGAGAUCAACCGCUAGUGGCUCCGAACAGAUGCGUUUGUCUGUUUCAUGAUGAUAAGGAAAUCCGUGUGAAGUGCAACAUCACAAUAAUUGUGGAUUAUUUUCGGACUAUUUUCCGUUUAGGCUAUAUUCGUGAUGAUUUUUACUACAGUGACUAUUCGGAACCACUUCCGUAUGUCUACGGUAGGUAACCUUAGCAUGAUGUAAAUAUUUACGGCACUAAAAUUUCUAAGCUUAUGGGAGUCUAAAGUACAACAUGACAGUUAAUGAUAGCACAAUGAUAGUCUGAGAUUCGUAAAAGAAAACCAGUAGAUUCAUUCUUUAAGUAAUUGUGUCAAACAGAUUAAAAGAAAGAUGCAUAUGAUUGGUUUUUAUGGGUUCAGUCGUUGACACCAAGUAGACCCUUCAAUGCGGUGUUGCGACCACGGAACUAGCUUGUAAGUGGAAAUCGUGAGACUAGCUGAUGGUUAGGGAAUCAUUGGAGUAGCUGGUGGGUAGGAAAUCAGAAGACAAGCUAGUGUGUGGGGAAUCAUGGGACUAGCUGGCGGUUAGAAAACCAUGUGACUAGCUAAUGGUUAGGGAAUCAUGGUGGGUGGGUGGGGGGGGGAAUCAAGGGAUUAUCUGGUGAGUUUGAAAUCAUGGGACUAGCUAGCAGGUGGUAAAUCAUGGGACUAUCUGGUGGUUAGGGAAUCAUGGGACUAGAUGGUGGUUAGGAAAAAAAUUGGACAAUCUCUUGGUUAGGAAAUCAUUGGACUAUCUGGUGAGUGGUUAAUUAUUGGAUCAGGUGAGUCGUGGGGAAUCAUGGAUUAGCUAGUAUUUUGGGAAUUAUGUGACCAUCUGGUGGUUCGGAAAACAUGGGACUAACUAGUGGUUAGGGAAACAUGGGUCAAGCUGUUGGUUUGGGGAGAAUGGGACUAUCUGGUGAGUAGGGAAUCAUGGGACUAGCUGGUAUUUAGGGAAUCAUUGGACUAGCAAGUGGUUAGGGAUUCAUGGGGGCAAGCUGGUAGUUAAGGAAUCAUGGGACUAGCUGGUGCUUAAAGAAUAAUGGGCUAUCUGGUGGGUUGGGAAUCAUGGAACUAUCUGGUUAGGGGGAAUCAUGGGACUGUGGUGGUUAUGGAAUCACGGCACUAGAUUAUGAUUGGGAAAUGAUGGGACUAGCUGGUAUUUAGGGAAUCAUUGGACUAGCAAGUGGUUAGGGAUUCAUGGGGGCAAGCUGGUAGUUAAGGAAUCAUGGGACUAUCUGGUGUGUGGGGAAUCAUAAAACUAUCUGGUGAGGGGGAAUCAUGGGACUUGCUUGUGACUAGGGAAGCACAGGGCCAGCUGGUGUUGUGGGAAUCAUGCUACUAGAUGAUGGUUGGGAAAUCAUGGGACUAGCUUAUUUUUUGGAAUUCUGGGACCACAUUGUGGUUGCUAAACAAUGAUGAGACUAUAUGGCGUGUUGGAAAUAGUCGGACUUGCUAAAAGUUGAGGUAUCAUAGGAAAAGCUGGCAGGUGGUAAAUGAUGGGACUAGCUGGUGGUUGGGGAAACAUGGGACUAGCUGAUGGUUUGGAAAUCAUGGGUGAAGCUGGUGGUUGGGGAAAAAUGGGACUAGCUGAUGGGUGGGGAAUCAUGGGUCAUGCUAGUGGUUGGGGAAACAUGGGACUAAAUGAUGGGUGGGUAAUCAUGGGACUGUGGUGGUUAUGGAAUCACGGUACUAGAUUAUGGUUGGGAAAUCAUGGGACUAGCUUGUAUUUGGGGAAUCAUGGGACUAGCUUGUAUUUUAGGGAAUCAUGGGACCAGCUUGUGGUUUGGGAUUUAUGGGACUAGCUUGUAUUUUGGGAAUCAUGGGACUAGCUGAUUGGUAUGGGAAUCAUGGGUCAAGCUGGUGGUUGGGGAAACAUGGGACUAGCUGAUAGUUUGGAAAUCAUGGGUGAAGCUGGUGGUUGGGGAAAAAUGGGACUAGCUGAUUGGUGGGGAAUCAUGGGUCAUGCUAGUGGUUGGGGAAACAUGGGACUAAAUGAUGGGUGGGUAAUCAUGGGACUGUGGUGGUUAUGGAAUCACGGUACUAGAUUAUGGUUGGGAAAUCAUGGGACUAGCUUGUAUUUGGGGAAUCAUGGGACUAGCUUGUAUUUUAGGGAAUCAUGGGACCAGCUUGUGGUUUGGGAAUUAUGGGACUAGCUUGUAUUUUGGGAAUCAUGGGACUAGCUGAUUGGUAUGGGAAUCAUGGGUCAAGCUGGUGGUUGGGGAAACAUGGGACUAGCUGAUUGUUUGGAAAUCAUGGGUGAAGCUGGUGGUUGGGGAAACAUUGGACUAGCUGGUUGGUGAAGGAGCAUGGACUAUCUGGUGGGUGGGGAAUUAUGGGACUCUGGUGGUUAUGGAAUCACGGCACUAGAUGAUGGUUGGCGCUUGUAUUUGGGGAAUCGUGGAACUAGCUUAUAUUUGGGGAAUCAUGGGACUAGCUUGUAUUUUGGGAAUCAUGGGACUAGCUUGUGGUUGGGGAAUUAUUUGACUAGCUAGUGAUUAAAGAAUGCUGGGUCAAGCUGAUGGUUGGGAAAUCAUGGGACUAGAAGGUGGUUAGUAAAUGUUGGGACUAGCUUGUGGGUAGGGAAUCAUGGGACUAUCUGGUGGGUCGGGAAUGAUGGGACCAGCUGGUGGUUGGGGAAUCAUGGGACUAUCUGGUGGGUGGGGAAUCAUGGGUCAAUGCUGGUUGCUUUUUUCCUCUAUUACAUUCACGAUUUCAAGAAAAGUGAAUAAAAAAAUAAUUUAACUGUUAGACAUUGACUUAUGUCAAUGUCGGGGAAGAGGAAAUUCCAUGAAAGAAGUAACUAAACGAAUGGGGAUCAAGUGAGGUAACCUCCACAUUGAAGUGAUCAACAUUCGCAAUGCCAAUGUGUCCAUUUAGAAAACGAAGAGUCGACACAAAGGCAGUCUUUGGCCUCCGGCAAAUAUUUGAAAAAAAAAAACUUGUAGGUAUGGAAAGCGUCAUCUGGUUUUCAUCGACGAGGAAAAAGCCUUCAGCAUAACAGAAAGAAUUAAGACGCCGGAUAAAUUGGCUAGUUAUUAUUACCAACAUAAAAAAAAAAAAAGAAAUCGUCAUAGAAACAAAAAAAGUACAGUUCAUUGACAAAAAAAGUGCAUCGACAUGGGCAGUUCAUUGACAUAAUAGGACAUCGACCGUUCAUUGACAAAAAGAAAAGUACAUAUUCAUGGACUGUUCAUUAACAAAAUUAACAUUUUUAAAUCCAUUAUUUAUCUGAAUCAUUUUUAUUUGGCCCUGCGUUUUUUUUUUUUUUUUUUUUGUUCCAAAUUUGGUUUUAAUUUUGGCAGGUUUGGCCGUGAGCCAUACGUUAACUAUAAAAAAAAGUUUGAUCUUUCUUUUAUUAACAUUUUUAAAUCCAUUAUUUAUCUGAAUCAUUUUUAUUUGGCCCUGCGUUUUUUUUUUUUUUUUUCUGAGUUCCAAAUUUGGUCUGAAGUUUGACAGGUUUGGCCGUGAGACAUACGAUAACUAUAAAAAAAAGUUUGAUCUUUCUUUAUGCGCUAGUGUAACUAGUGUAACUAUCAUUAUAAUUUCUUGUUACCGUAACCUACAAUAAUUUUCUAAAGCUCUUUCUAAAUUAUAAAUGAUGAUCAGGUUUUGCUUUUAGAUCAAAAGUUUAAAUAGUUUUUGUCAAAAAUAUUCAUCAAAAUACUGAAAAUGAAUUAGCACAAUGUGAUCAGAAUAUAUCUCAGUGUAUUGGGAUCAACGAAAGAAUCGCAGCUUAGCAUUAUUGUUAAAUAUUUUGCAUAUUCUAUUUUAUACUCUUUUUAAGGUAAUACAUCUUGCAUGAAGUGGGUCAUAUAUUCAAAAAAUCAAGGUAAGCAUAACAUGUGAUGUUUAGAAUCAAGAUUAGUGUUAGAGUUAGAGCAGUGGUUACCAUGGUUACCAGUUUCUGCACGUUUGAUGCAAAGUUGGUGAUUUUUUUCUCCAAAAUUAUAAUUUAUUUUGUUUAAUUUAAAUUGAUCAUAUGUCAUUAGGACCUGAUAAAACCAGCAACCAUAUUAUGUAAAUAGGGUUCUAAAUAGUAAAUAUUGUGUACUUAGGGGUCUUCUUGGUAAAUAAUGUGGACAAAGACCCCUCCAUUGUAAAUAUCGUGUAUUAGAGCGGGGAACCCCAAUCUUAUUCAUAGAGGAUUCUGGAGGUGUGGCGCCAGCACUAGUUACUCAGAUGGGUUAUUGACCUUAAUUUACUCAUGUUUAAUGCCUUUCGAAGAGACCCCUAUGAACUACAAACAUUUAUCUAAACAUUUUUUUCAUACCUAUAUUAAGGAUUAAAAAUAGUUUCUCAUGUUAAAAUGAAAAGCAGUACUUUUUUUUUUUAAUGUUUUUUUUUCUUUUCUUUUCUUUAGGGUGUAGUCUUGUUGGAGGUAACUCUGCUGUGUCUGGUAAGUAAAUUAUAUAUGAAUUAUCUAGUCUUGUUGGGUGUAACUCUGCUAUGCCUGGUAAGUAAAUUAUACAAGAACUAUCAAGUCUUGUUUGAGUCAACUCUGCUAUGUCCGGUAAAUUAUACAUGAAUUAUCUAAUUUUGUUUGAGACAAUUCUGCUUUGUCUGAUAAGUAAGUUAUUCAUGAAUCAUCUUAUCGUGUUGAAGAAAACUCCCCUAUAUCUGGUAAUUACCUAGUAGAAUGAAAAAGGGAAAAGGGGGGGGGGAGGCGAUUUCCCUUUGUGUCCCUUUGGGGGAGGGAGUAGAGAAUCGGGAAAUUUUCAGAUGAAAAAUAUUAUGUAUAUUAAUUUACUUGUGGAAAAGAGGAAGAAAAACAAUAUCUUACAACUAUUUCUAUAUAAUCAUUAUUACUCUUUACAACUAUAUCUAUAUAAUCAUUAUUAAUCUUUACAACUAAAAUUCGCCCUCUCACAUAUCUGAAGCUCGUGUCAUAAGAUGAGCUACGAGCUGAAAUAGCUCUCAUAGGUCUCUGUGUCAACCCUUACAAUGAUGGUAAGCUUAAUAAUUUGUGUCCCUGCUUUUUUGUAUUUGUUGCUUGCUUAGACACUUAUAUAAUUUUUCAAAGAGUUUCUUCUUCCACAGGAAUGGUCAUCAUCUUCACAGCUUUGGUCUUCACGGCCUCAUCACUGUUUUCAUAUGGCCAAUGAUCUCACCAACAUCGGCUCUGAGCUCCAAGCCUUGAGACUAAACGCUGAACAUAUCAGCAACAAUAAAUGUACUUUAUGAUAUGUGAAAAAUGUUCAUCAUCUUUGGUACAUAAGCAACAAAAAAAAAUAUUAAAAAAAAAUUGUAAGUACUAGAUUUUAAAAAUGCCUUAUAUUCUGGUCACAAAUGAAUGGCAUAAUAUUUGUCACAAGUCAGAAAAUAAAUUAAUUGAAUAAAACUGUUCACAUUGAAAAUAAAAAGUACUUUAACAUAGAUGACCUCAAUUGGUCCCAAUCGCCUAAAACCAGAACAUUUUGACAUUUUUAGUUAAGUGCAUAUUUUCAAACUUCUUACUUUGAUUACUUUAUUAACAUUUUAAAUGCAUAUAAAAAACAAAAAAUUUGUAGCCAUUUUUAUUUUCCCUUCCAUCAUUAAAUUCUCCUUAUCAAUUGUUUAUACUUGGUUAUAACGAUGCUAAGUUUAGCGUCGGUGGUGGGGGUGGUCGUUUCGUUCUUUCUUCAGUUUAAGGAUCCCAGGUUCAACCUUAAAAAGAAUCAGAAGGAAGCAGUUUACAGUGUUAAUCACAACAGUAAGAAAAACAUGGC